AUGAAGGAUCAGAACUCCAGCGAAGAAGGCGAGCAAACAAUACCACUGAGCAAGCAGAGGUCUGGCCCUUGCGGCCGCGUCGCCAAAGCCCUUCACCAGUGGCGGGAUGGCGACUAUGUAGUAGAGUUCAAGUACCCAGAGAUCCUAUGGACAGAACUCUUCAGCUCCAGCUCGAGCUGCCCGUCCUGCCUGAAGCUAGUGCGGUGGCCGACACCGGAUCGUUCCGUCGCGCGCCCGAGGGACGGGAAAAAGCUGCGAGUGUAUCUGGGACGCGAAUUCUGCCGUGGCUCCAGCAUGAUACUCUACCGCAACAUGGGACAGGACACCAUUAGCAGCAAGCUCCUGCACUCCUGGAUCUCCACCUGUGACUCCCGCCACCACGGCGUCUGUCACCACAUUCAGCCGUCAGAGUUCCUGCCGUCGCCGCCGCGCAUCCCCUUGGCCGACUUGCAGCGGCAGCGUCUAGUCACCGUCAGCAACGUGGGCAGCUACCAGUACGUCACCUUGUCCUACGUCUGGGGAGACACCAGCGGGCAGCUCGCCACAACUAAAGCCAACUUUGGGCAACUCCAACAGGACGGUCAGCUCCCCCACACCCACCACAGCCUUCCGGCUACGGUUCGGGAUGCCAUUCUUUUCGCGAAGCAGCUUGACGUUCACUACAUAUGGGUCGACCGGUUUUGCAUCGUGCAAGGCGGCGCCAAAGAGGAAAGCAUCUCGUGGAUGACCUCCAUAGAUGCGCACGCGUACUUCACAGUCGUAGCAGCAAGCAGCAUCGACGCCAAGGCGGGAAUAAAGGGCAUCGGAUCGCCCUCGGGACCUCGGCGUUGCGAGGACACGUCGUUCUACUUCGAAGACGUCGAGUACGGCACCGGCUAGCCCGAAACAAACUCAAGCCGGUGGUACACCCGCCGGUGGACCUUGCAG